GGUCACUUCAGGGGCUCCCUGCGCCCCACAGCACAGAGCUUGGGCCUGCUCCCCAAGCUUGAGGGCUGCCAAGAAAGCGCGAUGGCCCCUCCAUGCUGCCUCCAAUCCCCCAUGGGAGACUGAGGUUUCCUGGCCUGUCUGUCCCUCAUCCUUCUUCUCACCCCUGCCCCAGGGAAUCAGAGAACUGGAGAGGGAAAGAUGCUGAGUGUAAAGAGACACCGGGUCCUCUCCCUGACCCCUGGGCUGGAACGGACCUCGAAUGCUGGCUUUGCCUCAGCUCUCUCUCUCUCCCCCAGGACUGACAGGGAGCACAGAGGUGCAGGGCCCUGGGAGGCACGCAGUCAGCAUGCUGGCCCCGGGAAGCAGCCCCGAGCAGAGGGCCAGGUUCGCCCUGCAGUGGAGACAGAUCUCCUGGAUAACCUGCUGGGUCACCCUGUAUGCUGCGGAGGCCCUCCCUGCCUGUCCUUUCUCCUGUAAAUGUGACAGCCGCAGCCUGGAGGUGGACUGCAGUGGCUUAGGCCUCACCAGUGUGCCGCCAGACUUGCCUGCUGCCACCCGAGCGCUCUUGCUCUUAAACAAUAAGCUGACUGCCCUGCCAAGCUGGGCUUUCGCCAAUCUGUCCAGCCUGCAGCGGUUGGACCUAUCCAACAACUUCCUGGACCAGCUGCCCAGCUCCAUUUUUGGGGAUCUGACGAACCUGACGGAGCUACAGCUGCGCAAUAACAGUAUCAGGACCCUGGACAGGGACUUACUGCAGCACUCACCGCUGCUGCGCCACUUGGACCUGUCCAUCAACGGCCUGGCCCAGCUGCCCGCUGGCCUUUUCGAUGGACUUCCAGCCUUGCGUUCCCUAUCACUUCGUUCUAACCGCCUGCAGAACCUGGACCGGCUGACAUUUGAACCCCUAGCAAGCCUGCAGCUGCUGCAGGUUGGGGACAAUCCCUGGGAGUGUGACUGCAACCUGCGUGAGUUCAAGCACUGGAUGGAGUGGUUCUCCUACCGAGGGGGCCGCCUGGACCAGCUUGCCUGCACCCUACCCAAGGAGCUGAGGGGGAAGGACAUGCGUGUGGUCCCCAUGGAGAUGUUCAACUACUGCUCCCAGCUGGAGGAGGAGGAUAGCUCAGCUGGGCUGGAUAUUCCCGGGCCACCCUGCACCAAGGCCAGCCCGGAACCUGCUAAGCCUAAGCCGGGGGCCGAGCCCGAGCCGGAGCCCAGCACAGCCUGCCCGCAGAAGCAGCGCUACCGGCCGGUGAGCGUGCGGCGGGCCAUCGGCACAGUCAUCAUCGCGGGGGUGGUCUGCGGCAUCGUCUGCAUCAUGAUGGUGGUAGCCGCUGCCUACGGCUGCAUUUAUGCCUCGCUCAUGGCCAAGUACCACCGGGAGCUCAAGAAGCGCCAGCCCCUGAUGGGGGACCCUGAGGGGGAGCACGAAGAGCAGAAGCAGAUCUCCUCGGUAGCAUGAAAGCCCAGCUCUGGGGCCCAGCCCUCCUGCAAGCAAGCCACAGAGCAGCCUCCUCCAUGAACUCCCACGUCUCCUCGAAAGCCUCCACUAUGCUGCUGCUGCCCCUUUCUGGGUCAUGACAUUUUUGCAACAUUUGGGGGGUCCCCCAGCCCUCUGGUCAUAGGGAAGAAAGGAUGUGUGUGCAAGUGGAGGUUCCUGGACGGGCAGUUCCCUUGGUCCCUGCCUGAUGUUGCACAUCUGGGUGACCCUCCCUUCCUCUUGCUCAUCCCCUCCUCAUCUGCCUUUACGGCGUGGGAGGAGGAAGGGACGUGGGGUUCGGGGUGGGGGUUGUUGCUGGGACUCUUCUGAGCCAGGAAGAAAUCCUUAAAUUCCUUUCGGGUGGAAGCUGGGUUCAGCUUUCAACCGCUGGUACUAACAUGCAAUCACACCACGCCGUCAUCUGGAGUUAGCACCUAUACAACGUGUGAUGAUCGCGCUCCGUGGCUGAGGCCAGCCUGCCCCUGUAUCUACUCUAGGCCACCUGCCACCCUGCUCCUGGGCUCACUAACUCGCUCUCACAAGCUCAGAGCAUCACCAGCACCAUCCACUGAUUGGAAAGUCACACGUGCUCGCACCCACACGCACACAGCACCACACAGAGACAGGUCAUGGCAACUUGGGAACAGACACGUCUCCCCUUGAAUCUCCAGCCCUCAGACCACAGAACCUUUUACUUGCUUACUGGAAUCUUCUCAAGUCAACAGGGGGGAGAAGCCCAAACUAAUACCACAAGGAUUCCUUUGAGAUCCUCUAAAGUGGGCCAAAGUGGUGCUGCAGGAUGAGACUGCCGUCACCAUGGUAACCCUCUCACACCUAACCUGCUGGGUUUGCCGGGGACACGGCCCCGGCCCGGCGGCCUUGAGGCUGCGGCAUGUGUGAAUGGCGGUCUCCUGAGAGCCCAGCCACAUGCCCCUGGGCUGCCUAAAUAUGCCAUCACUGCCAGGCCCGUGGGGACACACACCCAUUCUCUCCUGCAGCCUGCAGCCCGGGAACUGUGUUCUGUGUGCGCACCCCUCCAUCUUCAGCACCUCCAGGCCUGGGGUCGGGGGGGGGAAGGUGCUGGGUCAGCACCUUCCUUUGGGGAAAGCAAGUCGCAGUGCAGAGUCUGGGGGCCUCCUCGGAGCUCCCUCCUGCCAACAUAACCCGCCAACCCCGAGCAGGGAGGACGGGCCACAUUCUGCUCAGAAGCUCUGGUGACUGGUUUCCUCUUCCAGGGUGUGUCUGCUCAGUCUGAACUUUCAAUUGCACCUGGCCUGGGUCCGAACCCAAGCAUGGGCCAGAAGUUCUCUGUCUGUGACGUACACCCAAGGGACAGGGGUGCCUGAUGCCAGGGCUCACCGGCGGGGCGGCAGGUGAGAAGAGGCUGUAGGGGCUUUAGGAAUCACUAGCUUCAUUUCUAGGUCUGCCUCUCCUUGUGAGUCUGAUGUCUGUGAACACUAGGCCUCCCUCUGCUGGAAGUCGGCCUCCCCACGGCUCACAGAGGGCCAGGAGGCCAUGGGCUGGUUUCUGGCUCGAAGAUGACCCAGAACAUGAGAACAGGGUUUGCAGAGGAACAGGGCAGGUCCCGCCCCUCACCUUGCACCCCUCAACCCUUCCACCUCACAGAGGAGGUGAACAGUGAGGAGGUGCUCCCGCAGGGAGGAUGGAGGGCCCCCUCACCGCACAGGCUGCGGACACACCCCAGCGCUGUCUUCCUCCCCAAGGCUGGGGCACAGACUUCUGACUUGAGGGCUGAUACCAGGCCUGGGGAUUUUCUAAGGGAAUGGGGUAGGGGAGGGCCUUGUCCAUGGUGACACCUUCAGCAGCCUGAGACAGGAGAUUUUUAAAGGCAAAAUUAUAUUUCUGGUUUGUUGUUUCAGAAGACCAAUAAAGA